AUGAGUGGGAAAAGUAACGAUUUAAAUGGAAAAGUGUACGGUAGGCGAAAUAGGCUGCUGCUUAUGCCGAAGGAAAAGGAAAAGGAAAAGAGCAAGCAGCAUCAACGACCAAAACCCCCUCUGAUGUCCUCUAAUCCUAGAAUUACCGAGCAUGGCUUCCGUCGAUCACCUCACCUGCAAGCUGUUAUGGAUCGGAUUGAACGACGGAGAAAAAUUGACCGAGAGAAAGAAAUUCGUUGGCAGGAAGCCUCGCGACGAAGAAGGAAUCGCCAAACAGAUUAUUACAGCAGUCAGGAUGGCGGAAGGGAACACGAACAAGAUCUAAGCGACGUUCUCGAGAUUUUUGCAGAAUACGACAACAUGCUGGAACAUUUAGUACUGAAAAAUAUGGAACUGAUGAAUCUUGCUGAAAAGAAGAGUGAGGAAAUCCCGGAUGAUGAGACUGCAUUAACAGAAAAGGUCUUGAACGACCUCCGCACUCUGCGCCAACAUAGAGAGCAGCAGCAGUUCGAAGAUAAACCACUCAAUAUUUUCUCUGAAGUAGACGUUGAAUUCGAGCUUUCUAACUCGAGAACGGCUGGGAACCCAUAUUUGCGAUUCACAAGACCAAACGAAUGUCAUGGGGUUGAACAGAUAAGUCGACAACGAACGAAAUUCACUCCGAAGAGUACAGGAAUAACUUCGUCGUUUUCCAAUAGGAAACGACUAGUUGUUGACAACGAGGAAAUUAGAGACUCUCUUCGUCUUCCACUUAAAACGACGGCUAUUACUGCUGCUAUUCCAAAGCCCAAAAAUUUGCUGGACAAUGGAGUGUCCGGAGCCAAGAGAAUUCGAGAACUUAGAAAGCUUCAGCAAACACGAAGGGAAGCACAAGUUCAAAUCUUAGAAGAAAAAGUUCAAGAUAGUCGGCACCAAACAGACGAAUCAUCUAAGUGGCAGUUUGAAGAUCGCGAAGGCAAGACAAAAGAAGAACAAGCCCCAGAACCUCGUCAACAAGCGGACGCACACAAUUGCAAAAUAGAACGAAGCGGGAACGAGACAAGGAAACCGAAACUUUCAGGUGGACGACAUAACCAGGAACAAAUGGAAACCUUCCGAAAUGAAAUGGAAGAGUGGUGGAUGUGCCCAGUAGAUAUACUAGAGCGCCGUCCUUUACCACCCCGAAACUCUCACAAGGUGACUUCAAAAAUUGAUCCACAAACAGACGAGUCUGAUAGUGACUCCUUUGGACCUUCAAGGGAAGCAAAAAAGUUGAAGAAGCGACUCAACAAGAUCUAUCAGCAGAACAAAAGCUUGAAAAGUGCCCAAGAAGACAUGCGCGGUGAGAUGCUGCAACUCAAACAAGGGUACAAGCUGAAACAUAGGAAGCUGAAAUCGAAAUUCUUACGAAACGCAGCACUCUCCAAGCAGUAUCAGAACGAAGCUCGUGAAAGUGACCAUCGCAACAGUCAAAGUGGGGUUUAUGGACAACGAGACGACAACAUCAGCUACGAGGUGAGAGAUGGGGUUAUCGUCUUGGAUGAUUUUCAAGAUGGUGCAGGUAUUCCAGAAUUUGAGUUUCUUGGGGUCCGUAGUCCUCGGUGCAGACCAGAGCUCCCUGUAGGGAGUAAUUACAUGCUGCAGCCAAUCACUCAUAUUACAGGUGAAACACAUGGGCAGGUAGACCAAGAGCUAAUGGAUCAACAUUACAUGCACCAGCCAGUAAUGGAGCUUCCCUUUUCUCCGGAAGAGCAAGCCCAGUUUGCUGAUGCGGAACGGACCUAUGAUCAACAAGGCCAUGAAGUUGUGCAACCACAUUCACAAAACCACCAUGGUGGAAGAGACGAAGACGAAACAGAUGACGACGAUUCAAUGACCUACGACAGUCAAUCAGCAUAUACGAUAGAACACUACCAGCCAAGAAGAGAGCCAGCUUGGAACUGUGCUUCAGAACUGUAA